AUUCCAGAGCAGUUUACAACACGGCUGGAGCUGAAAACUGUUCUCAAUGUUCAGAAUGACAUGUUACCUGUUGUUUACAGUUUACAAUAAAGUGAAAUUUUGCUUUCUUAUUUAUUUUAACCUGAAUAGUAAUCAACUGCCCAUUGAACUGAAGAGGGCACUAAUGCCACAAAUGUGCCUAAAAAUAACAUGCCUAAAAAUCAAAGUACAAGAAAAGGAGAAGUAUUUACUGUUACAGAUUCCUUCACCCUUGUUUUAUUUUCACUUUAGCUGUCGACUGUUGAGCUUGAAUGAAUUUCCUCCGUUUAAAGGUGGAAAGUGUAAAUCCAGCAGCAUGAAUCAAUGUGAGGACAGAGAGGAGGGAGCCCCUCCCUCUAAAACUAGAAGAACGGAGAGAAAGAAGCAAGCUCAGAGGUCUCAUCAGGGACAAGGAUGUUCUGGACCCGAACUCAGCUGUGUGUCCUUCAAGAGUGACAGGUCAAAGAAACAUCUAAUUCAUUUCAAAGGCCAACCUGUAUCAGAGUCACAAGUGGACCAGCAGAGCUCAGAGGUUCCUAGUGCUCAGUCUGUCCAGCAGCACCAAACACAGCUGGACUCCAUAUUUAUGCUGCUGGAGGAAAACAUUGUCAUGUUUGUGAAGAAGGAGCUGAAGAAGAUCCAGAAGGUUCUGAGUCCAGAUUACCCAGAAUGCUCAGAGAGUCAGAGGGAGGUUGAGGAGGAGUUGGAUAGUGAGGAUGAGGAGCAGAGGAGGAGCAGCAGAGAUGCAUUUUUGAAGAUCACAGUGAACUUCCUAAAGAGGAUGAAGCAGGAGGAGCUGGCUGACUGUCUGCAGAGCAGAUCUCCUGCUGCAGCUAGUCAUCAACUUAAAUCUCGCCUGAAGAAGAAGUUCCAGUGUGUGUUUGAAGGCAUCGCUAAAGCAGGAACCCCAACCCUUCUAAACCAGAUCUACACAGAACUCCACAUCACAGAGGGAGGAACUGGAGAGGUCAACGAUGAACAUGAGGUCAGACAAAUUGAAACAGCCUCCAGGAAACCAGACAGAGCAGAGACAAGCAUCAGACCAGAAGACGUCUUCAAAGGCUCAGCUGGAAGAGAUGGAGCCAUCAGAACAGUGAUGACAAAGGGAGUGGCUGGCAUUGGGAAAACAGUCCUAACACAGAAGUUCACUCUGGACUGGGCUGAAAACAAAGUCAACCAGGACAUACACUUCACAUUUCCAUUCACCUUCAGAGAGCUGAAUGUGCUAAAAAAGGAAAGGUUCAGCUUGGUGGAACUUGUUCACCACUUCUUCAAAGAGACCAGAGAAGCAGGAAUCUGCAGGUUUAAGCAGUUUCAGGUUGUUUUCAUCUUGGACGGACUGGAUGAGUGUCGACUUCCUCUAGACUUCAACAACACUAAAACCCUGACUGACGUCACAGAGUCCACCUCAGUGGAUGUGCUGCUGACAAACCUGAUCAGGGGAAACCUGCUUCCCUCUGCUCGCCUCUGGAUCACCACACGACCUGCAGCAGCCAAUCAGAUCCCUUCUACGUGCAUUGACAUGGUGACGGAGGUCAGAGGGUUCACUGACCCACAGAAGGACGAGUACUUCAGGAAGAGAUUCAGCGAUGAGCAGCAGGCCACAAAAAUCAUUUCCCACAUCAAGACGUCACGAAGCCUCCACGUCAUGUGCCACAUCCCAGUCUUCUGCUGGAUCACUGCUACGGUUCUGGAGGAUGUGUUGAAAAGCAGAGAGGGAGGAGAGCUGCCCAAGAACCUGACUGAGAUGUAUAUACACUUCCUUGUGGUUCAGACCAAGGUGAAGAACAUCAAGUAUGAUGGAGGAGCUGAGGCAGAUCCACACUGGAAUAGAAAGAGCAGGAAGAUGAUCGAGUCUCUGGGAAAAGUGGCUUUUGAGGAGCUGCAAAAAAGAAACCUGAUCUUCUAUGAGUCAAACCUGACAACGAGUGGCAUCGAUAUCAGAGCAGCCUCAGUUUACUCAGGAGUGUUCACACAGGUCUUUAAAGAGGAGAGAGGACUGUACCAGGACAAGACGUUCUGCUUCAUCCAUCUGAGUGUUCAGGAGUUUCUGGCUGCUCUUCACGUCCAUCUGACCUUCAUCAACUCUGGAAUCAAUCUGAUGUCACAACAACAACCAGCAUCCAGGUCUAAACGGUUUAGAAAUAAGGAACAUGAAUGUACACAGUUCUACCAUGACGCUGUGGACAAGGCCUUACAGAGUCCAAAUGGACACCUGGACCUGUUCCUUCGGUUCCUCCUGGGUCUUUCACUGCAGGCAAAUCAGUCUCUCCUACAAAGUCUGAUAACACAGAAAGGACAUAGUUUACAAAUCAAUGAGGAAAUAGUUCAGUAUAUCAAGAAGAAGAUCUCAGACUCUCCAUCUGCAGAGAAAAGCAUUAAUCUGUUCCACUGUCUGAAUGAACUGAAUGAUUGUUCUCUAGUGGAGCAGAUCCAACAGAACCUGAGAUCAGGACGUCUCUCCACUGAUGAACUGUCUCCUGCUCAGUGGUCAGCUCUAGUCUUCAUCUUACUGUCUUCAGACAAAAACCUUGAUCUGUUUGACCUGAAGAAAUUCUCUGCUUCAGACGAGGCUCUUCUGAGGCUGCUGCCUGUGGUCAGAGCCUCCAACAAAGCUCUACUGAAUGUGUGUAACUUGUCAGAGAGAAGCUGUGAAGCUCUGUCAUCAGUUCUCAGCUCUCAGUCCUCUAGUCUGAGAGAACUGGACCUGAGUAACAACAACCUGCAGGAUUCAGGAAUGAAGCUACUGUCUGCUGGACUGAAGAGUCCUCACUGUCGACUGGAGACUCUCAGGCUGUCAGGUUGUCUGGUCUCAGAGGAAGGUUGUGCAUCUCUGGCCUCAGCUCUGAGCUCCAACCCCUCCCAUCUGAGAGAGCUGGACCUGAGCUACAAUCAUCUUGGAGACUCAGGAGUGGAGCUGCUGUCUGCUGGAGUCAAGAAUCCACACUGGAGACUGGACACUCUCACGGUGGAGCCUGGUGGAGUCCGAUGGUUGAGACCAGGUCUGAGAAAGUAUUUCUGUCAACUCACCAUCGACACAAAUACAUUGAAUAUGAAGCUACAACUGUCAGACAACAACAGGAAGGUGUCAUAUGUGGAGGAGGAUGAGUCAUAUCCUGAUCAUCUAGACAGAUUUAACUACUGGCCUCAGCUGCUGUGUAGUAAUGGUCUGACUGGUCGCUUUUACUGGGAGGUUGAAUGGGAAGGAAGAGUUCGUAUAUCAAUGAGUUACAGAGGAAUUAGAAGGAAAGAUGGCAGUAGAGACUGUGUGUUUGGAUACAACGAUCAGUCCUGGAGUCUGAUCUGCUCUAAGGAUGUUGGUUACUCUGUCUGUCACAGUAACAUAGAAACAUUCAUCUCCUCCUCUGUGUCUAACAGAGUAUCAGUGUAUGUGGACUGUCUUGCUGGUUCUCUGUCCUUCUACAAAGUCUCCUCUGACAAACUGAUCCACCUUCACACCUUCAACACCACAUUCACUGAACCUCUUUAUGCUGGAUUUUGGUUUGGAGUCUGGUCUCAUGGUUCCUCAGUGUCUCUGUGUGAUGUGUCGUAAUGAGAGUUAGAUCUUAGAUUCAUUAAUUAAACCAGUUCCUGAUGAUUCCUAUUAAAAAACCUUAAUAGCCCCACAGUGAAAAAGUGGGAAAGUACUUCACACAACAGCAAGUACAGAUUAGAGAGUAUACAGCGACAGAACAGUUUGUGUUGGCACAGGACAUCGUAGUACAGUACAGGUAGAGUGAGUAUGAGGUCUUUGGAAGGGUUAUUGCACAGUAAUUAAUAUGAAUGUUGAUGAAUUGUGAGUUGAUUUCUAGUGAAUAUCAGGAUGUGUGCCUGUAAUGGGAUAAUUGGGGUAAUGUGUUCUUUUCCCAUUCUGUAUAUUAACCAUGUGUGCCGUUGAUUAGGCUCAGCACUGAACAUUUUUAUACAAACAAUCUCUCUC